GCUGUGGAAAGUGACCGUGAUCAAGUAAAUUAGUAGUAGUAAUGAAGUGGAAGUGAACGGGGCAACAAAAUGGGAAGUCACCUUAUAGUAAACAUUGUGGCCUCACUGAUCUUAGUGAGUGCGGUCCGUGCCGCUAGCUACAAAUUGCAGUUCAACAAUGCCAACGUGGACGCCACGAUCAAUUCCGAUUCCAGAGAACUAACCGUGCAGACGGAUGGAAAAGUGGUACAGAGCAUUCUGAUGAGCCUUGACGUGGCGUCCAUGGUGCAUUACGAGGAAAUCGCAAAUGGAUUUAAACUGAGCAAUGCGGAUGGGGAAGAGAUCGAACUGGUGAGGGAUGCUGAUACGGUAGAGUUUUCGUUGUUCACAAUCGCCAGAAAGGUUCGCCACCGGUUCAAGGUGGUGACGGAUUGCGUUCGGAUUACCGGAUCGAAUUGGUACGGUGGACCGCAGCAAAAGUAUCAAUACUGGCCGAUUCAAAAGCUAAAGUUUAAUGAGUAUUCGAUGUUGACGAAGGAAGCUGAUAACUGCGCGGUGGCCGAUCGGUAUUGGUUGAACUCGCUGGGAUCGUUUGUCUACGUGGACGAUGAAACUCCGCUGUUUGUUGAUCAAAACUACGGGCAGCCGGGAUACAUGUGCUUGGAGGCAAAUAAGUCGUUGCCGUACGAUAUCUACGAUAACACAUAUUCGUUCGUUUAUCAGAUCGGUGUAGCUAAGGAUGCAAAGGAAGUGCACAUGGCUGCGGUUCGGAACAUUUUGGGCAAACCUUCGGGCCAUCCAGCGGAAGCGAUGGUGAAGUAUCCGAUUUGGUCAACCUGGGCUCGAUACAAGCGAGAUAUCGAUCAGCAUGUGGUGUUGGAGUUUGCCAAAGAAAUAGUAAAUAACGGUUGGCCGAACAGUCAAUUCGAACUGGACGACGAUUGGGAGACGUGCUACGGAGCGUUGAAGUUCAACACUACCAAGUUCCCGAAUAUUAAACAGACAAUCAGUGCUAUCCGAGCGGUAGGAUUCCCAAGAGUUACGAUAUGGAUCCAUCCGUUCAUCAACAAGGGUUGCGAACCGGUGUACUCCGAUGCGAAGCGAAAAGGGUAUUUGGUAGCGGAUCGUAAUGGCAAUACCGAUACGGAGUGGUGGAACAGUAAUACGGGGCAAGCAGCUUACGUGGAUUUCACGAAACCGGAAGUCGCGAAAUGGUUUUCCGAGCGAUUGCAGGCAAUUUUAACUGAAAGUGGAAUCGAUAGUUUCAAGUUUGAUGCCGGUGAGACCAGCUGGACACCACCGGAUCCUGUGCUCAACGGACCACGUUCCCACCAGCCGAAUAUGAUCGUAGACGAUUACGUACGAACGGUUGCGAAGUUUGGAGAUUUGGUUGAAGUUCGAUCGGCGCACCGCAGCCAAGAUCUGCCGAUUUUCGUCCGCAUGAUCGACAAAGAUUCCGAGUGGAACUGGAACAACGGUCUACCAACGUUGAUCACCACUCUGCUGCAGAUGAACAUGGUCGGAUAUCCGUUGGUUCUGCCGGAUAUGGUCGGGGGCAAUGGGUACAACGAUCAUCCACCUAACAAGGAGAUGUUUAUCCGUUGGCUACAGGCCAACGUAUUCAUGCCAAGCAUUCAGUUCUCCUAUGUUCCUUGGGAUUACGACGCCGAAACGGUGGAGAUUUCGAAAACGAUGACCAACCUGCACGAGAAGUACACUCCACAGAUCAUGGAACGAUUUAAGCUGGCCGUUUCCGAUGGAUACCCGGUGAAUCCACCGCUUUGGUGGAUAUCACCAAAUGAUACCGAGGCACAGAAAGUGUACGAUCAAUUUCUGUUGGGAGACAACAUCAUCUCCGCACCGGUAACGAAGGAAAACGUUCGGGCCAGAGAUAUCUACCUGCCACAGGGUGACUGGGUGGAUGGCAACACUGGAUCGACCCAUACCGGCCCCAAAUGGAUUCGUAAAUAUUCCGUCCCACUGAAGACGCUUCCGUACUUUUUGCGGAAAGGUACGUAGGACGAAUAUGACCAUAUUGAUCAGAAAUGGAAGUGAUGAAUAAAAUUAAAUCAAAGC